AAAAAUCUGGCAUAUACAGUGCAUUCAGAAAGUAUUCAGACCCCUAUUAUUUUUUCACAUUUUGUUAUGUUGCAGCCUUAUGCUAAAAUGCUUUAAAAAAGUUUUUUUUCACAUCGCUCUACACUCCAUACCCCAUAAUGACAGAGCAAAAAUCAGAUUUGUGAUAACUUUGCAAAUUUAUUAAAAAGAAAAAACUGAAAUAUCAAAUUGACAUAAGUAUUCAGACCCUUAACUCAGUGCUUAGUUUAGUUUCUGACAUUCUUCUCUGCAGAUCCUCUCAAGCUCUGUCAGGUUGGAUGGUGACCGUCGGUGGACAGCCAUUUUCAGGUCUUUCCGGAGAUGUUUGAUUGGGUUCAAGUCUGGGCUCUAGCUGGGCUACUCAAGGAUAUUCACAGAGUUGUCCCUAAGCCACUCUUGCUUUGUCUUGGCUGUGUGCUUAGUCUCAUUGUCCUGUUGGAAGACAUACAAGUGAGGCAAUGGGCAACACAAACGCUAAAACUAGCGUGCUGAACAGGAGCAGCAGGAAUGUGCGAGCCUUUAUCAGCAAAGAGAAGCUGGAUGUGGAAGCCUUUAUCACAAAAUGCACCGGCCAAGAUAUGAUAGACACCUUGCCACCACAUUCUGUAAUAAAGAAAUUCUGCUUUCGACCUGAUGUUCCAAGCCACCGUAUCCUAAUCUCAGAAAAUGGGGAGCUUCCUUUUGAAAAGAACCAAUAUAUUUCAAUCUUCAUCGAGGAUGAGGACAAUAAGGAAAUCUGCACAAAGCAUAUUUGUCUCUGUAUGCCUUUCACUUCUGAAUCAUCCAUUAUAAUAUAUGAUAUAUGAUUAGCCCUAAAAUGUGACUUUAUCCCCUUACCCUCUUAAAAUGUGAUUUUACCUGCUUGUGUAUUUUGCUUAAAACUUUAUACAUAUCCAGAACAUUCUGUAACCAUGAAAACACUGUGUUCACAAUAAGACUCUUCUCUUUUUUUAAUGGCAUUAAAUGGCACAAAGCUUUUCCUCAAGAAGCACUGCUGUGGAUAAAUGGCCAAUGAAAGAAGAGAGCACGCUGUUAUUCCUUCAAUUGGGUCGAAUUUAAGUAACUGACUGACAGAUUAAAAGACACCUAAAAUCUUCAAAUUUGUACUUUUAUGAUGACCUAAAUUACUGGUGUCUCCGUCUGAAUUCUCUUUAGGUUAGUUCCUGUAAAAUACCAAUCAUUUAAUUCACAUCUUGUGUCCAGCAUGGAGAAAACGUGCCAUUUAGAUAAAGGUUGAGUAGGACUGUUUACUCUCUUAGUGACAUUUUAUAAGAAGAGACUUGUUGAAAAGUAUUAUCAUGCUGUGUUUGCAUUCUAUGUUCUCACUGCAGCUCAUGUGAAAGAACUUCUUGGCAUGUGGCUAUCUAGUGUGACAUAAAAACUGAUUACAUGCUUCAUUACAGCGCAACACUUAGGCCUUUGUAGUGCUCUCAUGUCUGUGUGACACAGCAGAAAGAAAGAAAGAAAGAAAGAAAGAAAGAAAGCACAGUAUCAACGGCAAAUCAAAUGACUAAGGUCAAUUCAAUCAGUCCUUUAGUAUGUGACUAUACAUUUUUACCAAAAGCUGUAACUUUAAGUUAAGCUUCAAAAAAUGGAUAAAGCCUAUGUCAAACAGCUCAAAAGAGCAAAUCAGUGGAAAAUGGCCCAAAAUUGCUUGUGAUAUUUAUUUUGCUAAAGCUAUUUUUUUCCUCAAAUAAUAUCACAAAAAAAUAUAAUUCAAUUUUCCAAAGCCUUGGCACACAUUGAAGCUCCACUAUACUGAAGUUAGAAGCAGACAACAGUUCAAGCAGAACUGUUCAGACAAAUGUCUUUCUUAUAUUCUUUUGAGCUUAAAUGAGAAUAACAGCAUGACUAUGACUUGCACAACAUCUCUCAAAAAUCUGCGGUCAGACACGUGAAAGAAAAUCAAAGAGAGAGAGAGACGGAGAGAGACAGAGAUGAAAAUACGGUACAUCCUUUGAAUGAUUGGAACAUAUAACAAGAUGUGCUUGCCAGUGUCGUUCUAUGUGUUGUAUAUGUUGAGUGUGUGUCUAGGGUUUUUGUGUGUGAUGUUUGUGUUCCUCUGGAGUGGGACCUGGAGAGGAGGAUUUGCUUGGAAUGGCUCUUUUCUGGAGUUUAACUGGCACCCGGUCCUUAUGGUGACAAGCCUGGUGGUGCUGUACGGCAAUGCCAUAGUGCUAUACCGGGUCCCUCUUACCUGGAGCAGGUGGUGGUGUAAGCUGACCCAUGCAGGGCUGCUGUUUGUGGCAAUGGUGUUCGCAAUACUUGGCGUGUGUGCUGCCUUUGAUUUUCACCAUACCUACAACAUUCCUCACCUGUAUUCCCUUCACAGCUGGACUGGAAUCUCCACAGUGGCCCUGUUCACCUUGCAGUGGUUUGUAGCUCUGGGGGCCUUCUUAUUUCCCUGGACCCCUUUGGCAUUUAAAGCCCUUGUGAAACCGAUCCACAUCUCAAUGGGCAUGGCCAUCUUCAUCCUGGGUCUCAUUUCCAGCCUGUCAGGGAUCAAUGAGAAACUACUCCUGACACUCAGAAACAGGAGUAAUGGAAGUAAUACAGAACCAUAUACAGCGUUGCCUGCUGAAGCUCUGUUUGCAAACUCAUUAGGUAUUUUGGUUGCAAUUUUUGGAUUGGUGGUGUUAAAAAUUCUGUUCAAUCAGAAAUGGAAGAAUCCAGAGUUUGAGCAUGAGAGCAACAGGCCUUUGAUGGCAGAUGCAAGAUGAAGACUGAAGAAAACAAGAAAAAUGAAGAAACAUGCAGAAUAUCACAAUUUAUCUUGCAAAUGACUUCCUGAUUCCUUCAUUUUAAUGAACAAAACUGAUCAGCUGAAGGUUUGGUCUAUAUUCUGUGGCAAUAAGCUGACUGGUGUCUGUUCAACUAUUAUAUGCUGUAUUUUAUCUUGACUACAAAUCCAAAAAAAAUAAAAACAAUUAAUGAGCCCACUGAGAGUGUCAAUUGAAUUGA